GGGAGCUCGGCCUUGCCACUCGGCCCGAGCAAUCGAUUCCACACUCGGAACAAUCGAAUUAUAAUCGAACACCUAAUUCACUAACAUCACACAACAUCAAUAAACUAGGAUUCUAUCUUCUAAAUAAUUGAAAGGACAGUCGAGUCGUGUUUCGUGUUAUUGAAAUGUACGUAGGUUGUGUAGUUCAGGAUACUCUUGUGAAACGGGGAUAUUAUUAAAAAUAGGCUGUUUUCACACUGUUUUUGUGAGGGCGAAUCCAGGAACAUAAGUGACGUGUGAAUGCUUACAAUGAUCGUGUCUAUGUGACGUAAGUUUGUUGCGUGUGCGCAGUGGAUCAGUGACGUAGUGAGUGACAGUUGACACAAGAUGGCCGACCCCGACGCGUUCGAUGACGAGAAGUUGGUUGUCGGAGGUCCGAACCAACGCAACUGGAGGGGCAUCCUCAUAGCACUGCUCGUUAUAGUGGCGGUGCUGGCCCUCAUUGUGACCUCCGUGGUCCUCCUCACUCCUCCUGAUGAAGGGCCCAGGGUCAAGGGCAGACGGCUGAGGAUUCAGGACCUGUUGACUGAGGAGCUGACGCCUGUACGAUGGAAUGGAACAUGGAUUUCUGGUGAUGAGUUCAUAUUCCGCGAUACCUACGGUGGCAUCAGCCUCAUGUUCGCAGCCAACCAGACCACCAAAACACUGAUGCCAAACACAACUUUUAGGGUGCUAGAACCAGCUUCAUUCUCAGUGUCGGCCGACCGUCGGUUCCUGCUACUGGCACAGAACGUGCGCAAGAUCCACACGCACUCCUACCUGGCGAGAUACACCGUCUACGAUAUACUAACCACCGAGUCCUAUCCUCUAACUCCGCUGCCAGACGAGGUUGGCGGCGGAGUUAUCACCGAAGGACCAUCACUCCUUCUGGCCACAUGGACCCCCAAAGGCCAUGGGCUGAUCACCGUCAAAGACUACGACAUAUACUACAGACCGGCCCCAAGGUCAUCAACUGGAUACCGAGUAACAGAGUCUGGCGUGCCAGGCACAAUCCACAACGGUGUGCCAGACUGGUUGUAUGAAGAAGAGAUCCUGGGAUCCCGCACAGCGCUGUGGAUGUCAGCAGACGGACAUAUGGUGCUAUAUGCUACGUUUAAUGAUACCCUGGUACAUGAACAGAAGUACCCGUGGUACGGAGCAGCGUUAGAUACUGAUGACCCUGCUAAGACGUACCCGGAGAUCAGAAGCGUGAGGUACCCGAAGCCUGGGACCAACAACCCGACGGUAACACUCACAGUCGCGGACAUCGCAGACCCGAAGCACAUUCGCACUCGACACCUCACACCGCCCAAAGUUAUUAUAGAAGAGGGUGACUAUUACUUCACAAGUGCCCAAUGGGUGUCUCUCACAGAAGUAUGCGUAGUCUGGUUAACAAGGAUGCAGAAUUUGUCCGUCGUCUCCGUCUGCAAGAGCCCUAUGUGGUACUGUCAAGAGGUAUACAGGAUAUCCUCAGGUUUAGACGGCUGGGUGGAAUCAGCACCGUCCCCACUCUGGUCAGCCGGUGGUGGUGCCCUUGUGACCCUGGCUCCCGUCAGGGAUGGUCCAGCAGGGCUAUUCCGCCACAUUGUGAGGACGGAACAUAACUCUCAUGGGCCCAGAGCUCUGCCCCUAACUCAUGGAAGCUUUGACGUGGUGCAGCUACUUGCUUGGGACCAUGCAAAUCAGCAUAUUUAUUACUUGGGCAUCCCCGAAGGAAAACCAGGACAGCAGCAUUUAUACAGAGUAUCAUCCGAGGCGCCGAGGCCGGGCUCCCCGCAGAAACUGCCAUACUGUGUCACGUGUAACUCACAGCCAUCCCCGUCAAUAAACUUGGAAUACUACGGCAGCCUGGCUUCAUCAGGCGACAGCACGUGGGGCGACAGUGACUGGGAUGAAGAAUUGCCGCCAACUUCUGCUUCUCCCAGCAAGAAGAAGAAAAAGAAGUACCCUGAUGGUAUGCCGCAGAACUUGCCAUGCCUCUACCACGAGGCGCACUUCAGCCCAUCAUCAGCGUACUUCGUGUUGGAGUGCCUUGGACCUGGGGUGCCUACAUUCAGUCUACAUAAGACUGCACUGCCUGAUCCUAGACUAUUGGCACAUUUGGAGAACAAUACUAUUGUUAAGGAAAAGUUAGCUUCGAUAGCUCUGCCGACUCCUCGAACGUUUUCGGUGCAGCUGUCCAGUGGCCACACAGCAAGAGUGAGGCUUCUUCUCCCGCCAGGGCUGAGAGAAGACGAGGUGACCAAGUAUCCACUCGUGUUGAAAGUUCACGGAGCACCAGGAACGCAGCUUGUGACGGAGCGUUGGUCUUUAGACUGGGGUUCGUUGGCCGCGGGAGCUGGUGCCAUUCUCGCGUCAGUGGACGCGCGUGGUGCCGGCGGGAGAGGACUCGGUGCGCACCACGCACUACAUCGCCGGCUCGGCACCGUCGAGCUGCAAGACCAGUUGGAGGUCGCUGAGUACCUUCGGGACUCCCUCCACUUCAUAGACUCGCGUCGGGUAGCAGUAUGGGGACGAGCACACGGCGGCUUCCUCGCUGCCCUCGCGUUAGCUAGCACGGUGAACGUGUUCCAUUGCGGCAUCGCACUGACACCCAUCGUGCGCUGGCGGUACUAUGCCUCUGCAUACGCGGAACGCUACAUGGGCUUUCCCAACGCAACGGGCAACUACCGAGGGUACGCUGACGCUGAUGUCACCAAGCAGGCAGCAGCGCUCCAUGAUAAGAUGCUGCUCCUGGUGCAUGGGACAGCAGACAAUAAUGUACAUGUGCAGCAGAGUAUGGCGCUCGCAAGAGCUUUGGCUGACCAGGGCAGCAUGUUUCGACAGCAGAUUUACCCUGAUGAGGGCCACAGCUUGGAAGGAGUGAAGCGUCAUCUGUACCGCACAAUGUCCGCCUUCCUCGACGACUGCUUCAGGAAGCAGGUCCCUCCCGAGACCAAGGCGGGAUUGAGAAACGGAGGGAAUCUAGACUGAGAUACGUGGAGGGACGAGGAGUUGUGCUCUUGCUCACCAAUACGGGUUGAGGACAACUCCGAGCCAGAAGACUCCGACGAAAGGUAAUAUAUUACCACACGAGGAUAACACACGAAGAGAGAGUGUAGUGAUAAAUCAAAUAACCCGUAGUACAAUUAAUUCCAUAUCCAACGCAUUGAACAACUGCCAUCUUCAUACAUAUAUAGGAUUUUAAAACAAGAACGAACAAGGAUUCCUUUAUCUGAUACAGGAAUAACAAAGGAACAUCACUAAGCUAAAAAGGAUUACGGAAUUAUUUCAAAGAACCAUUGUAGACGGCUUAGCUCGUCUCAUCUAAUACACAUCCGAAGAAAAGAACGUUGAUACAAAUCUAGGAAUUUCAAAAGAAAAACUAGAUUCAUUGUUAUACUGUUUUAAAUCUUUUGAGCAACAAAAUAAAUUCAUUUUAUAUGAUAACGUAGCAUUGAAUCUUCAUUACAAUAAUAAAAUGAUUUUAUUAGUGGA